AUGUACGAUUUUAUGUACCAUACAGAGGUAUACCAACGAUACCGACGAUGCACGAUUAUACUUUCGUAGCACAUUAGCUAUAUACGAGCACGAGUACGAGUACAAUUCAUUAAGGCGCGAAUAGUGAUACUCGAACCUGCGGUGGUAUUUUUACGCUGUAUUUUCGUGGUUGGUUCGAUUUUCACCGCACCGCACCACAGAUCCAUAUACUCGUAGUUUACGAAUAAUUUAAUUAACCAAAGUGUAACGUCGUGGACGCGGUGUAAACGCGAAAAUUGUGAAGCUUACGAUGUGGUCGCGGUUUCCGAAAUUGUCGCUGUCGCUUUCCUGGUGUCGUCAGUCGAGUUGAUCAUUAAAGUCAAAAACAAAAAAGUGCGUUCGUGUCUUCGGAGUGAAAUUCAUUGGUCGACAACAAUCGGUUACGUUCCGCAUUCUAUGAGCCCGCACGAGUAAAUCGCGAAAGAGACCAGCAUCGGACGCCAUGUUGGUGCCAACGGAUCCGCUAUCCGUCAACCAAUCCAAGAUGAUGUACCAGCUGAACAAAUUCUUCGGCGAUCGAGUCCAAAGUCGUAAGCUGGCCAUCACGAAAGCGAUCCGCGAAGUGUGCAAAGUAGUGCAAGAGGUUCUGCGCGAGGUCGAGGCCCAAGAGCCACGCUUCAUCUCGUCGUUAUCCGAAUGCAACGGCCGCUACGAGGGCUUGGACGUGAUCACGUCAACCGAAUUCGAAAUCGUGCUCUAUCUCAACCAAAUGGGAGUAUUCAACUUCGUGGACGACGGCACGAUCCCCGGCUGCGCUGUGCUCAAGCUGAGCGAUGGCCGCAAACGCAGCAUGUCGCUCUGGGUCGAGUUCAUCACCGCUUCCGGAUACCUAUCAGCUCGCAAAAUCCGAUCCCGUUUCCAAACUCUGGUAGCUCAAGCUUGCGACAAAUGCGUGUAUCGCGACAGCGUGAAAAUCAUCCCCGAUACCAGCGAGGUGAAGCUGAAAAUCCGCGACCGAUACGUCGUCCAGAUUACUCCGUCUUUCAAAUGCGCCGGCGUUUGGCCAAGAUCUUCGGCCCAUUGGCCCAUACCUCAUAUACCUUGGCCUCAUCCAAAUCUGGUAGCCGAAGUGAAAACCGAAGGCUUCGAUCUACUCUCCAAGGAGAGCGUCGCCAUGCAGGGUAAACAAUCCGCUAUGGAGGGCGACGCCUGGGUCAUGUCCUUCACCGAAGUCGAGAGUAGGCUGCUUUUUGGCGGCUGUCGUCGCAAAUGUUUGAGUAUUUUGAAAACUCUUCGCGAUCGUCACCUCGAACUACCCGGAAAUCCGGUCACCAAUUACCAUAUGAAGACGCUGGUUCUGUACGAAUGCGAAAAACACCCCCAGGAUGUCGAAUGGGACGAAUCGUGCUUGGGCGACAGAAUCAACGGUAUAUUCUUACAGCUAAUCUCGUGUCUGCAGUGUCGCCGAUGCCCGCAUUACUUUCUGCCUCAUUUAGACUUGUUCAAAGGCAAAGCUCCAAGUGCGCUGGAGAAUGCAGCCAGACAAGUGUGGAGACUCACCAGAGAACUUUUAACCAAUGCUAAAGCUUUCGAUAAACUAUGAACGCGACGCUUUCGUUCUGGUGUAUUUUGUUUUCCUCGCAAGAGUACGCGACUUAUAUUGCGAGUAAAAAUGAUUCUUGCAUUAGCAUUAGUGUGCAUUGUGAGUAUAGCUUUGAACAUCUCGUGAAGACAGUUUCACGUCUCGAGGAAUAGAAAUCUAAUAUGAUGUACGUUUGUGUAUCCACACUCGGAAGGGCACAAGGAUGAGGGAUUGUUUUAUGCAGAACUAGUAAAGGCAGCCACUUUGUAGGAAAAUUUGGUACAAAUAUUUCAAAAAUUCAAGAACUUUGCGGAAAAAAAUAUGAAAAUUUAAAGACAAACAGACUAUAUUUGAGACUAUUCCUUCCCAUUUGCUUCGAUCGCAAUUUAGGCAAAAUUUUCUAAACUGUAUUUAAGUUCGUUUGGAUUGAAAAUCACCUUUUUUUUUUCAAAAGUCAAGCGUAAAAGUAAAAUGAAUUUGAAUCUGUGUGUAUCGAUGGGAACAAAUUUUGGAAAAUGGUUUCUAAAUCGAUGGAAGGGGUCACGAAUAGAUAGAGAUAGGUACAUUUAUUUUAAAUUUUUAGGGCUUCUAAAAUUUUAUUUAGGUGCUCUAUAGAGACAUUUUUCCAAAACUGUGAAUUCAAAAACUCGUUAGAGGCUCCAGAGCGAUUCAAAUUCGUUCUCAUUGAUUGGUUUGUGAGGUGCAUAUUCAAAUUCAUGCAUCAGCUUUCUAUGUGCUUCAAUUUGAUCAGAUUUCAACUUUUUCAAGCAACGUUGAAAUUAUACCCACUCAGUUUUGAACCAAUUUGACCAAUCCAGUCCAGAUUUAAAAUUACUUGAAAAUUACAUUCUUUCUCAAGUUUUUUUUUCACUAAACUUCAAAAUUUCACAUCAUUCAUUAGAAUUCAAAAAUGAGAACGCAACGGUGAAGAAUCUGUUUUGAUCAUCUUGUCAAGUUGAAACAAUUGUAUUACAAUCUUCCCAUCCUCUCAAAAUUUCUUAAAACUAAUUUUAAAAGUAGAAAGAAACUUUGAAAAAAGUCAGAAUGCUCGCGUCAAACUUUUUAAAAGCUCUUUGGGUAUUACUUAGAUUCUGAAUUUAAUAAAUGAAGUGAAAAAGUGAAGGAUUUUUUUGGAGAUUGGGAGAGAGGAGAAGAGUAGGUGGCAAUUUUCAUAAAUUAUUUCUAUCAAAUAAUUCGAACCCCCCCCCCCCCUCAAAUGAGCUCUUCCGAGUGCUUCGUUGGAUAUAUACAGAGCUAAUAAAUACGUAAAUAAUUUUAUUGUUCUUCCUUUUAAAGCGUGUAAGAGAAUUAAUCGCGAAUUAAAUUGCGAAUGUUGAUCACCGCAGUGACGUCUAAAGGCUUUUAAAAAAAGCGUAGACAAAUGUACUCAGUUAUUGUGAAAUUUAUAGUCAUUUUUCGAACCGAUUUUCAUCAUCGUAGAGCCAUUUGCAAAUUUUUCACAGCCUAGGACAGUUCCAUAAACAUUAGCUAGGAUUUAAAAGCGAAAUUUUGAAGUUCCUAAGGGUAGAAGAAUUACAAAAUCUUUCAAAAAAGAUUUGAAAUUGCAUCGAAAUGAGCUGUUCCUAUAGAAAUUUCAUGAGAAUUGGGAAAAAUACAUAUGAAAUCAAGCGAGACAUUUUAAAAUUGAAAAAAUAUCAUAAAAAUUGUCAAAAAUCGACGAAUAAGUUCAAAGUUGAGAUUUUAGCAGAUAUCCUGGGCAUAAAUGACUCGAAUUUUCAUAAAAAUCGACCAAACUGCCGAAAAAGUGAUGUGAAAAUCCCAGUUUGGAAAAACUUUACUCGCAUUAAAAUAUUUUUAGAAUUUUUUACAACGCAGAAAGAAACUAUUAUUUUAAUUUUGUUUUGUAAUUUUAUACCUUUAGAUAAACUUUUUUUUUUCGUAUUUUGAGACAUUUUCUACAAAAGGAAAACGUUUUCGCAAAAUUUAACCUACGCUGGUCGUAAAACCAACCUUUGAAACUCUUUAGACGCUGCUAAGUAUUUUUUUACCUACCUAUUUCUUUUCUAGUCGACGAUGAAUUAAGUAUUUUUAACACGUUUUAUUACUUAAAUUUUAGUGUUAUCUUCUUCUGUACGCGUAAAUAAUGUUAUUUUUUUGUAUGUACUUGAUAAUAAAAAAUUCGUCUUCUUUUGACA